AUGGUUAUUGGUAUAAUAAUUUGUUCUUUUACAGGUCCCUUAUCAAGAAAAUGGAUAGUCAAAGCAUUUAAACAUAUACAGCAACACACUUGUAUCAGAUUUCAGAAGAAAAGAAACAAACAUAAAAAUUUCAUUUUAUAUAAAAGUGAACCAGGAUGUUGGUCUAAUGUUGGUAUGCAAGGUGGUAUGCAGGUUAUCAGUAUAGGAAGAGGAUGUGAACAUCUUGGUACUGCUGUUCAUGAAACAGUACAUGCUUUAGGUGUAUGGCACGAACAGGCAAGGGCAGAUAGAAAUAAAUUUGUCAAGAUAAUAAAAGAAAAUAUAUCGCCACGUUAUUUAUUAGAUUUUAAAGUAAUAGAUAGAAAUAUAUCCUCAGCGAGAGGCUAUCCCUAUGAUUAUAACAGCAUUAUGCAUUACAGUCAAUAUGCUUUUACCAGGAAUGGUGAACCUACAAUACAGGUAAUAGGAGUAGGAAAAGAGAGACAGUUGACAAUAGGUCAGAGAGAUGGUUUAAGUACAAUAGAUAUUGCUCAACUUAGAGAAAUGUAUCAGUGUAACCAGAAAGAGGAUACUAAAGCUACGGGUAAAUAA